AUGAAGAAGUUCUCUCGGAUGCCCAAGUCGGAGGGAAGCGGCGGCGGCGGAGCAGCGGGUGGCGUGGCGGCCGGGGCCGGCUGCGGCUCUGGCGGCUCGUCCGUGGGUGUCCGGGUGUUCUCAGUCGGCCGCUACCAGGUCACCCUGGAGGAGUCGCUGGCCGAAGGUGGAUUCUCCACAGUUUUUCUGGUGCGUACUAAUGGUGGAGUUCGAUGUGCAUUGAAGAGAAUGUAUGUCAAUAACAUGCCAGACCUCAACAUUUGUAAAAGGGAAAUUACAAUUAUGAAAGAGCUCUCUGGUCAUAAAAAUAUUGUGGGCUAUUUGGACUGUGCUGUUAAUUCAAUUAGCGAUAAUGUAUGGGAAGUACUUAUUCUGAUGGAAUAUUGUCGAGCCGGGCAGGUAGUGAAUCAGAUGAAUAAGAAACUGCAGACAGGUUUUACAGAACCAGAAGUGUUACAGAUAUUCUGUGAUACCUGUGAAGCUGUUGCAAGGUUGCAUCAGUGUAAGACUCCUAUAAUUCACCGGGAUCUGAAGGUAGAAAAUAUUUUGUUAAAUGAUGGUGGAAAUUACGUACUUUGUGACUUUGGCAGUGCCACUAAUAAAUUUCUUAAUCCUCAAAAGGAUGGAGUUAAUGUAGUAGAAGAAGAAAUUAAAAAGUAUACGACUCUGUCAUACAGAGCCCCUGAAAUGAUCAACCUUUAUGGAGGGAAACCCAUUACUACCAAGGCUGAUAUCUGGGCCCUGGGAUGUUUACUAUAUAAACUUUGUUUCUUCACUCUUCCUUUUGGUGAUAGUCAGGUUGCUAUCUGUGAUGGCAGCUUUACCAUCCCAGAUAAUUCUCGCUACUCCCACAACAUACAUUGCUUAAUAAGGUUCAUGCUUGAACCAGAUCCAGAGCAUAGACCUGAUAUAUUUCAAGUGUCCUAUUUUGCAUUUAAAUUUGCCAAAAAGGAUUGUCCGAUCUCCAAUAUCAAUAACUCUUCUGUUCCUUCAGCUCUUCCUGAACCAUUGACCGCUAGUGAAGCAGCUGCUAGAAAAAGCCAAACAAAAGCCAGAAUAACAGAUAUCAUUGGACCAACAGAAACCUCAAUUGCACCAAGACAAAGACCAAAGGCCAACUCUACUACUGCCACUCCCAGUGUACUGACCAUUCAAAGUUCAGCAACCCCUGUUAAAGUCCCUGCUCCUGGUGAAUUUGGUAACCACAGACCAAAAGGAUCACUGAGACCUGGAAAUGACCCUGAAAUCUUAUUGGGUCAGGGGCCCCCACAGCAUCCUCCACAGCAGCAUAGAGUACUUCAACAACUACAACAGGGAGAUUGGAGAUUACAGCAAUUUCAUUUACAGCAUCAUCACCCUCACCAGCAGCAGCAGCAACAUCAGCUACUUCAGGAUGCUUAUAUGCAGCAGUAUCAGCAUGCAAUGCAUCAACAACAUUUACUCCAGCAACAAUUUUUAAUGCAUUCAGUGUAUCAACCGCAACCUCCUGCAUCACAGUAUCCUCCAAUGAUGCAGCAGUAUCAGCAGACUUUCUUGCAGCAGCAGAUGCUAGCUCAACAUCAGCAAUCCCAACAGCAGGCAUCACCUGAAUAUCUUACCUCCCCUCAAGAGUUUUCACCAGCCUUAGUUUCCUACACUUCGUCACUUCCAGCUCAGGUUGGAACCAUAAUGGACUCCUCUUAUAGUGCUAGGCCAGUUGCUGAGAAAGAGGCAGUUGCAAAUUUUACAAAUCAGAAGAACAUCAGUAACCCACCUGAUAUGUCAGGGUGGAAUCCUUUUGGAGAGGAUAAUUUCUCCAAGUUAACAGAAGAGGAACUGUUGGACAGAGAAUUUGACCUUCUAAGAUCAAAUAGGCUCGAGGAGAGAGCAUCCUCAGAUAAGAAUAUAGAACCACUUUCUGCUCCACAUAAUCAUCCUCCAGAAGAUCCUUUUGGUUCUGUUCCUUUCAUUUCUCACUCAGGUUCUCCUGAAAAGAAAGGUGAAUAUCCAUCCAUGAAUCAAGAAAAUAGCACCAGAAACCCUAUCAAGAAUGGAAAAGCAAGUCCAGUAUCUAAAGAUCAGCGGGUUGGAAAGAAAACCUCAGAGAAUUUAUCAGUACGGGGUCAUGUACAAAAGGGGAAUGAUGACUCUGAAAGUGAUUUUGAGUCAGAUCCCCCUUCUCCUAAGAGCAGUGAAGAGGAAGAGCAAGACGAUGAAGAAGUUCCUGGAGAACAAGGAGAUUUUAAUGAUGAUGAUACUGAACCAGAAAAUCUGGGUCAUAGGCCUCUCCUCAUGGACUCUGAAGAUGAGGAAGAAGAAGAGAAACACAGCUCUGAUUCUGAGUAUGAGCAGGCCAAAGCAAAGUACAGCAGCGUGAGCCCUGUCUACAGAGACAAAUCUGGCAGUGGAACAACCCAAGAUCCUAAUGCAGCACUCCUUGCCCUAACACAUGUAUCCUCUGAUGUUGGGAGGGAGACUCCCAAACAAGAAUUUGACGUAUUUGGUGCUGUUCCCUUCUUCGCAGUGCGUGCUCAACAGCCCCAGCAAGGAGAGAAUGAAAAGAACCUUUCUCAACAGAUGUUUCCUACUGUAGGACUAGAGCAAGAGGAAUUUGAUGUCUUCACUAAAGCACCCUUCAGCAAGAAGGUGAAUGUCCAGGACUGCCCUGUAGUGGGGUCUGAGGCACAUGCUCUUCCUGGUUGUCCCAAAAGUGUAGAUAUAUUUGGCUCCACUCCUUUUCAGCCUUUUCCCACAUCAACAAGUAAAAGCGAAAGUAAGGAGGACCUUUUUGGGCUUGUGCCCUUUGAGGAGAUAACCGGAAGUCAGCAGCAAAAAGUCAAACAGCGCAGCUUACAGAAACUGUCCUCUCGCCAGAGGCGCACAAAGCAGGAUAUGUCCAAAAGUAACGGGAAACGGCAUCACGGCACACCAACUAGCGUGAAGAAGACAUUGAAGCCUAUCUACCGCACUCCAGAGAGGGCUCGCAGGCACAAGAAAGUGGGCCGCAGAGACUCUCAAAGCAGCAAUGAAUUUUUAACCAUCUCAGACUCCAAGGAGAACAUCAGUGUUGCACUGACUGAUGGGAAAGACAGAGGGAGUGUCCUACAACCAGAGGAGAAUCUGUUGGAUCCCUUUGGUGCCAAGCCCUUCCAUCCUCCAGACCUAUCAUGGCACCAGCCACAUCAGGGCCUGAGUGACAUCCGUGCUGAUCACAAUACUGUCCUGCCUGGGCGGCCAAGACAGAAUUCACUACAUGGGUCAUUCCAUAGUGCAGAUGCGUUGAAAAUGGAUGACUUUGGUGCAGUGCCCUUUACAGAACUUGUGGUGCAAAGCAUCCCGCCACAUCAGUCCCAACAGUCCCAACCAGUUGAAUUAGACCCAUUUGGUGCUGCUCCAUUUCCUUCUAAACAGUAGAUACUUCUGAUGGAUUCUUGGCAUUAUUCCUGUUUCAAAAAAGUAUGAAUAGUUUUAUGAAUUUGAAGAAAAUUUAUUUGUAUAGCUCUUUAUAUCAUUCAUUCUUACAGGUCAGUGAGGAUAGGUGAUUUUUAAAUAAACCAAAUAGAAAAAGGAAGUAUCUCUACAGGGUAGUAACUUGAUGCCUCUUCAAAGCAGAAAAGGGAGCUAAAUUGAAAGCUGCACCCAAGCGUUUCUGCUACUGACAUCACAGUAUGGAAAUGCAAAGUGUGGUACUUCCAAUGAAAGCACAUGGCACCUUUCCAUUCCAGGUGUGUAGACACUGAGAAGGGACAGUAAAGCUGUAUCAUUAUUUUUGACAUCACAGUGUCACUUAUGUGCAUAUCCCAGGCUCAUUCCAGAUCCAGCAUUUAAAACUAGGCUCCUUUGUACAUACAUUGAUUGUGUUUAUGAAUUUUAUGGUCUUUCUAAUUUUCACACAGAAAAUAAACAAGCAAUCUAGCUCUCCUUAAGAAUUAGGAGGAUCUUAUCUGGAGAGUGUAGAGACUUUAGUUCAUACACGCUUCUCUACAAAGCAGAGCCAGAAGAAACUGACUAUUGUGCCUAAAACUCUGUUUAUUUUAAAAAAUAAGUGCCAUUAAUAUGGGAUAUCUUAUGAUAAUUAUGUGAAAUAAUGUAUGUUAAUUAGUUCAAUUUAGCUCUUCUACAAUGUAUACAAAUUUUGAAACAUGUACAUGAUAAAUAUAUAUAAUUUUUAUUUGUCAAUUAAGAAAUUUUAGAAAUAUGGAGUAUCUAAUUGAAACCUAGAGCAAAACUGUAAAGAGACAUAUCUGGCAUUUGAAAAAUGUAGAAGACAUGAAUGUUAUGUAAGAACAAAAAAACAUUGAAUACUUUAGAAACACUAUUGUUUUCAAAUGGCUUCUUGCCAAAACUUUAAUCAUGUCCUUAAGGAAGCAGAUAAUUGAAAAACAAACAAACAAAAAUAUAAAAAAACUGGGAGUGAGGACAAGGGUUAUAUAGAAAUUUUAUUUCAGGAAAAACAAAUGUGGCUGAACCCCUGAAUUUUUAAGAUGUUUACAAUGUAAAAUCAUGUUGUAUUUCAUAAUGUACUUUGUUAAAUUACCACCUUCAUCAAUAUUCCCCAAGUCAUGAGCAACAGUUAUUUUACUUAGGUUAAGACAGUGGAGUAAUUUUAAUAAAGUGCACAGAACAAUGACACCCUCAAAGCCUUAUAGGCAGGACUUGUGCAUCCUGCUACAAGUACCUCUGCAUUAACACACCAGAUCUUAAUAUGGAUAUAAGGUAUUAGAUGAUGAGGGACUAGCAUCUUAAUUCUGCUAGCUGAUUGUGUCUCUCGUGAAAAGAGCCCAGCUACCAAAUUGCCUUUUUUCUACACCAUAAAUCCUAAUUAGAAACUUGAGAUUUUAUAGAAAUCAUGUUUAAUGAUAAUAAUGACAUAUGAAUUAAUGUGAAUAUCUAUCUAAGCUUUAAGUUAUAAUUAACUCUUCCCUCUCAGAUUAACAUUUGUAAGUUUCUAGGACAAUUAUGAAAAGGAAUGGAAAUUCAUCAGCUAGCACUUUCUUUGGUUGCUCUUUGCAUCCAAUUAAAGUGUAUUUUAUGAGUAAUUUUAUGAGUAAUCUUAAAAGACUAUCUUAAUUAUAGUGCCCCACUAGGGUAAAUUAUUUGCCUGUUUUCACAGUUCUGCACUUGGAAUGAAGCAAAGCAUAUGUAACUAAUCCACAUUUUUUAUUGCUUUCUACAUGCUAAAUUGGAUAGAAAUUGAUGAAUGUGGAAGCAAUAUGUGAAUCACAAUGUAGCAGAGGCAGACCAGGCAUUACAUUACUAUUUACAGUUGUGCUUCUAGAGCUGGAUUGCACCAAUUACUUAUCCUUGUGCCAAAGGCAAAUAUUAUGUUUGCACCUUUUUUUCUGAUUCUCAGGUUGAUUAAUACUGCUAAUGCAUAUGUGAAAGUAGAUGUUCUUUUAAACUACAAAAUAGAUUCAAGUGAUACUUUCUUUUAAAAGUGAAGAGUAAAUUCAUGAGCUACAGUAGGUUUGUAUCAAGAUUUUUUUAAAAAAAGGAAAUCUGUUGGAUAAUGUGUUCACAAUAUGUUCUUUGACUAUUUAGUCUUCCAUCUCUUGAUCCUCAUUAGCUCAUCUUUUAGAAGGGUAGUAAACUAAUAUGGUCUCCUUCAGAUGUAAACAUAAAAUACGUAGUUUUAUUUUGCUCUUCAGUACACUGAAUAAUGUAAAUGAUUCAGACAGUGAUGAAACCCUUUGGCUUAUAAUGUUGGACAGAUUUCCAAGGAAACAAUUCUGCCCUGGCUUAAAAUAUUUACAUUCUUGUUUAUUAUAGCAUAGUUUGGUGACUUUCCUCUUUUGAGAUGGUAGGUAGGAGGAAAAAAUUAGGAUUCGAUUGGGGAAUCCAAUGGAAUAAAAAUGGGAAAAUUCCUUUGUGUUGAAGUAAGAGGCAUUUUUCCAAGGAGCAGAAAUUCAUACUUUUCCAUUUUCAUUGAUCAUCUUCCCCACCAUAAUCAACUGAUGCCCAGGUUAAUUCCCUGAUAAGAAUUAAAUUCCCAAGGCACAUGGUAGCAUUUAACAUAGUACCUGGCACACAGCACUCAGUAGAAGUUUGGUUCUAUUAUGGGGUGGUCAAGUUCUGAUUUAAGGAAGUUAAAAGAAAAGUAUAAUCCUAUUACUAUUUGGCUGUGCCUUGUGCUUCUAAGGAUGCAAAGUAGUUAUAACUCUAAACCUGCUAUACUUGAACAUCACACUAAGGGAAGUAACACAAAAAGCUAGCAAAAUUCUGAGGCCAAAGUUGUUUCCUAACAGCUUUAACAGUGCUUGUUGAUUCUGAAUCAUCUUUUUAAAAGUGGACCAUUUGCCUAUUUUAAUAUCACUUCAAUAAAAUGUUAGUAUUAAAAAGAUCAGUUUUUAUGACAUUGAAGAAUGUAUCUGCUAAAACAGAAAAACUGGUAUAUAUAUAUAUAUGUAUAUUUAUACAUAAAUAUACAUAUAUAUUUAUAUAUAUAAACUAGGUGGAGGAAGGGAAGUUGCAGGCUAAAUGAAAUGUAACUGAUUAGAAUAUUUAUUCAGAAGUGGUAACACUCAUUUGUCAUCCUUGGGUAUGUGUAUUUGGGCAUAGUUAUAACAUUAUCUAGAUUUGCUGAUACAUGCACCUUUCAGUCCUACCCUGUUUACUGUGUAACAAUGAUAGACUAUUUUCUUUUUGCUGGUGGAACAUACUAAGUUGGAAUCCACUCUUCUUUGUUGGUGUUCAUCAGAACAGUUUCUUACUACUCAGCUCUUCUGCUAAGUUUAAGUUCUGGUACUUCACAUAAGCACUGUCAGAAGGUACAAGUGUAUUUAAUCACUAGUUCUGAGGAGUUUGGGUACAUUUGUUUAUAUAUAGAAUGUGCAGUGAAUUUUUUCAUUUUUUUCUUUUUAGCAAAACUACUCUUACCAUUUUAGGUCCAAUUACUGAAUAGACAGUCUACUGUGAGGAUGAGAUGACAUAUCUACUGUGAGAAUAACAAUAAUUAUUUGAGAACUUUUAUACUCAGUGGUGUUUUAUAUAUUAAGAUAUAAUUAUAUACACAUGCAUGAACAUCACAUCUCUCUACUGUGGAGUUAAUGUGAAUUUUUAAAAAAUGGAAUUGCAACCACAAUCAUAGCUAAAAGAACAUUCACUCCUAGUGAAGGUUUACAAAAGCCACUAAAAGAAUAAAGUAAGUGAAAAUGCAAAGGGUCACUUGGGGUUUUGUUUUAUUUUAAAAUUUAUAGUGCUACUUUUGAAAGAGAAUUGUUUUUAUUACUAUGCUCUUUUGUGAUCAAGAAGUCAUCUAAUAGCAGUAUAAGAAGCUACUUUUUUUAAUUGCUGGCAAACAGCUUUAAGUGCACUUUCUUUGAUUACACUUCCAUUUUUGUUAAACUUGAAUUUUCUGAAGCCUUUUAUGUACCACUAAGCAAAUAACUUUAACCUUUAAAAAAAACGGAUUACAUCAUUAUUGUAUUUCUAGUAGUUGUAAAACAUACUUGCUAAAAUAACUUCAGUCCUCAAAUGUAGCUGGGAAACUUGUGAGACAGGAUUGGUUAUCCCCCCUCCCAUAUCUAAUUAAGCACUAACUAACUUUAUGACUUUAUUGCCUUUAUAUUGCUUAUUCUUGUAUUCUGUCCCUGAUACACUUUGUUUUGUUUGAAAUUUGAAGUUAUUUUCUUACUGUAUUUAUCAUACCUCUUUUAAUAAUCUGCUUUCUUUAAAUGCAAUAAAUUAAAAAUGGAUUACCUAUUCUUUAUAA